AUGACACUCGAAGAAGAGCUCUCCAAGCUGGCUGCCGAUGUAGCGGCCAUCUCGCCGGCACCGGUGAGGAAGGCCGUGGAUGCACUGGCGCGCAGCAGCCCCGCCCGCGCCGCCGCCGAUGCCCUAGUCUACCUCUCCGUGGGCACGACCUGCGCGGUCUUCGCGGCCGCCUUCUUCACCAUCUUCGCGGACCUGGCCUGCGCCCGCGGCUGGGGCUGCACCCCGGCCUAUGUCCUGUCCGAGAUAGCGGACUAUCUAUCCACACCUGUCCUGCUUCUCCUGCCGCCGGCGCUCGUGCUCUUCUUCCUCCGCGCCGCCGGCUGCAGGACCAAGCCGGCGGACGAGGAGAGCCUCAUCGUGAAGAAUGACGAGGGGGAAACCCUUCUGUCGCCGUCGCCGCUGGCCUUGGCAAUUCUGUGGCUUUUCAUUGGGGCGGCGUCGAUGGGAGCCAUCUCCUUCCUUCUUUUCAAGUGUGGAUAUACAGAGAUCUCCGACCUUCUCGGCUACGCGGCUCUCUUGUGCACGUUCAUGUGGGAAGCCCUCGUCUAUGUCCGCGCUGCAGUGGCGCUGUGGAGGAUGAAUCCCGGGCCAAGCAACAUGGUGGCAUCGACUGACUAAGGUGCACAAGGUUUGGAGCCGGGCGAAGACGAUGAUCGAGAGUACUAUGUACUGCAGAAGCGCUGCUGUUUAUGUUGCUGUUCAGAAUAAAGGGAUGCACAUCAGGACAUGCCUGCCGUAGUGUCGUCUGAUGUGUACUAGUAAUCUAUCUUUUUGUUUCUUGACUGGGACACUAGUAGUCUAUCUAGUAUAACUAGUGUGGUGUCAAGCUUGCUUCAGUUGGUGCUAUGGUAGCGCUGAUGAUGUGACUGAAGCGCUAUGGUAGCGUUGAUUGGUGGUUACAGUGAACCGGACCUAUAUCUAACACAGGAUUUGUGUUGCUGUUAUUUAGCAGUACGUGCCCAUACAUAUGACUGGACGUACGAUAUGAUGCAGAGCCUCCAUUCUAUGUA